GUAUUUGGCGCUAAAUGCCGCUCGAAAGCUAUGCCGGUUAAACUACGGUUUAAUUGAAUUAAAUUGUGCUUAAACCGAUUGGAAAGUAAUGGAUUUGAAUGAUAUUUGUACUGUGAAGCAGCUGCUCGAUAAAAAUGUCGAAGGUAGCUAAAAGGGAUCGAGCACUUAUUGGUCUGCACGAUGUCUUGCUAAGUAGCAUGAGAAGUUUCAAUUGCGUAAGCAAUUUCUACGAUCCGGAACUCAACGGCUGCUUCAAGGACACUGUCGUUUGCUGCAUGAGCACUUUGCACCUCAGGGCGCCACCAAGGGCAGAGACCGUGUUUGAUACUCCGCUCUUACGAGAACUAGGAAGCAUGGUGAAAAUACUGAUAACCUAUGUGAGUAGUACCAUGCCCAAUUUGUGGAUGGCUCUCCUCCUCUGGUAUGGACCAAGAAUGAUGUCCAGUUCAAACAAAAAGCGCAUAUGUUGGACAUUGUCUUGGCUCGCUACAACGAUAGCUGCUAUUAUCGCGCCCAGAUCAUCGAGGAAUCAGACCGGUACUACAAGAUCUUAUAUGUAGACUACGGCAAUACAGAGUUUGUGCCCCUAAAUGCGGAGAUAUAGGCAGUCUUCGGCCAUAUCGCUCCGUUAGCUGCUACAUAGAUGGCAUCGUACAAAAAAAUUUCUCCCCAAAAACGGCCGCCGAGAGCUUGGAGUAUCUCAAGAGCAAAAUACUCAACGAGGAGCAAGACGUAGUGCUGGCCAGUCGUCUGCACGAUAGCUUUACGAUUCGAUUCCUUGGCGACAAUGCCGAUCUGCCCGAAAAUCUAAUGAAGUGCGGCUAUGCACAGCCCGAUGGUCCUAGAACCAUAUGAUUUUGAUCUUGAUCAGUAAACGGAUUUCCUUGUCUUCUCAUACAAAGUAUAACAUAGCCAUUCAAAUAACAUUUCUAUGGUCCUUAAGGGAAGCACAGCGGAAGGACGGUGCUGGAGAUCGAUUUAUCAUUGAUUACUUAGCGUAUAAUUUUCGUAUAAAACUUGUAAGCAAACAUGGAUAACUACAUACUAUAAAUUGGGAAAGACGGACGUGCUUUCUGGCGUAGUAUUGCGUAUCCUUUUUUAGCUUUUUUUUUAGUUCCAUAUCCGUACAAAAUAAACAAUAUAUA